AUGUUUGCAAUCAAAAUCAUGGCACGCUUUCUCGUCUGCCUUGCCGUCACAGUGGGUUUCACAGACGCCUACAAAUUUACCUUCUACGGUGGUCUUCAGUGCCGCGGAGCACGACUGGGCGAGAUCAUUGGAGGGCCUGGCCUCGGCUGCCGAACGGACUUCAGAGGCGUUGCUUCGGCUGUUAUUGUAGAGAGCACGGGUCCCGUCGAUGACCCUUUCACAGUGGUUCUCUACAGCUCUAACGACUGUAACCCGGACACUAUCAUCGCCAACGGUGACGAAGACGACUUGUGCCUGACUGCCAACUUUGGCUCGUACGAAGUGUGGAACCUUUUCGAUUAG